AUGGGUGGUGCGUCAGCUAAAACUUUCAUGGGAUGGUGGGGUAGCAUUGGCUCCCCAAAGCAAAAGGGCGUCACGUCGUAUGCGGUCUCUCCAUACGCUCAAAAGCCUUUGAACGGAAUUUACCACAACGCUGUGUUCAACACUUUUAGAAGAGUGAAGUCCCAGGUCCUAUACGUGGCGAUCCCAGCAGGCUUGUACUGGAUGUGGUGGGUCAACUGCAGGGACUACAACGAGUACCUUUACACCAAGGCCGGCAAGGAAGAACUUGACAGAGUAAAUGUCUAA